GCAGAUGCAUUGGAAGCAGAAAAAGGUUGAGACAUAUGGAUUUACGCUUAGAUAUCGAGAGAUUGAGUUACCGUUGGAAAAGCAGUUUCCAUUGAGAAUCCAUUUGGUUUUCUUUAUAAAUGUAUUUUCGUAUUUGAAUCUGUUAACAAUUCUGAUUAUUCUGUAUGGUUAAUAAACCGCCACCAUGUUGAUUCAUUAAUUCUGUGCAAUAAUAUGUCUCUCUUUCUCUCUCUCUAUUUGUAUCUCUUUCUUUUUAUUUAACUUAAUUGUAUUCCAAUGAACAACAAUCAAUGGUAAAUGUUACCAAGUGAGGAAGAAGAAACAAAAAACUUCUCAUCGAAAGUUAAUCAUUCAAAGGAUCAUCACAAUUUCUAGUCGACAAAACUUUGAUUCUGUUUCUGGUGAUUAGUUUUCGAGGAUGGGAUUAUCUUUAAUUGGUCAUCUUUUAUCAUCAUCUUAAUCCAGUUUCAAACUUUCUUUAAGUCUUCAAACUUGCAACAGAAUUAAGGAUAUUCGAGUUGUUAUUUUAUUGUUAUUUUAUCGCAAAGUGAGGCCAUGGUUAUGUUAACCGAUGAAGCUUUAGCUGAAUUGGCAAAGAUUGAAAAUAAGAUCGGCGAUUAUAUUUGUCGACUUUGCUGCCAGAAAUUUGAAAACGCCUUCAGUUUGGCCUUACAUCGUUGUAGUAAAAUAGUUCAUGUUGUUCAUCGUUGUCCCGAAUGUGCCAAGGUGUUUAAUUGUCCAGCCAAUUUAGCAUCACAUCGCCGUUGGCAUAAGCCCCGUUCAUCUUUAGGUGACCUGAAGGAGACACUCGGUAAAGAAGAAGGUGAAAUUGAUGAUGAGGAUGAGGAUGAAGAUGAAGGUGAUUUCAUUGAAAUCGAAGGUGAAGAAAGUACCAGUGGACAGACAAUGGUCAAUUCGCCGAUAUCCAAUGGUAGUAUUUCACCUUUGUCCCAAUCGUUUGUUCAAACUAACCGAUCUCGACCUCCGCCUUCAUCAUCACCUCCACCUCUUAAAAGGACAAAAACUGUUUGUGUAACUGGAACGGUGAAAAUUGAUUCACAAGAAACAUCUUCAAUCAAUCCAAUCGAAUUGUCAACAAUUAACUCACAAUUACCAAUUCCAUUGAUUUCCAAAUGUUCAAUCAAAUUUCCAUCAAUUAGAUCACCAAUUAAAUCACCGAUAAGAUCACCAUAUAAGCCAUCGCCGUUGUGUUCAUUAUCGCAUCAACCACCAACACCACCGCUUAAAUUACCUCGACCUUCACAUGGACCUUCACCUACGAUUUCAACUAAAUAUCCAUUAAUCAGAAACUCUGCCAACAUUUUGCUAAAUUGUGAACCAACAAUUGGACCAACAACAACAACUGAAUCAGAAUUACCUUUAGCAUUGACCUCACCAACAACACCAACUUCACCUACAUCUCCCUCAGUACCAGUAUCAUCUUCAUCUUCAUCCUCAUCCACAUCAUCUUCACCUCCACCCCAAGGACCAAAAACAUCAACUAAAUCAAGACCAAUUAUGGAAACAAUAGAAUCAUCAUCAUCAUCAUCUUCAUCAUCUUCUAGUCCAUCACCACAACCACCACCACCUUCAUCAACACAGCAACAAAUGAAUACGCCAACAACACCACCACCCACUCCACCUCCACACCAACAGCAAAAUCAACAACAAUCAUCAUCAUCAUCAACAACAAUUAUCGGUGAAAUGACAACAAUGACCAAAGAUCCUCUAUUUGGUUGGACAUAUUAUCCGAAAAAGUUUCGUCGACAAGCUUACAUGAGGAUUAAACAUUGUUGUCCUUAAAUUAAUCACGAUCAACAAUUUGAAACAAUUAAUCAACAAAAAGAAAUCAACAAUUAACCAGCAAACCAAAUAAGCAAUUGACAAAAAAAUCAAUCAACAUUAAUCGCUCAUUCUAGUCCAAUUGAAUUCCUAGUCCAUUUAUAUUAAUAACAAGAAAUUAAGAAAAAGAGGAAAAUUAAAUGUUCAUCUAUUCAGAGAGAGAAAUUAAA